UUCCCAGCACAAGGCUGGCACACUGCUCUCUGUGAGCACACUUCUUUUCAAACCGUCUCUCGGGAGCCUGAGAAAAAGACCUGAACAGCUUAAAUUUGCUGCGCCUUAGCAGCUUUUUGUCUUCCAUCAGCUGUUUUGGUUUUUGGUGGAAGAAUAGAGUAACAAGAAUAAGACAGUCUUCAAAUUCCAAAGCUGCAUUUCGCCCAAGAUGGCACCUGUAAAGUUUUGGGUGGUAGGUCUCCUGCUUGUACUGCUGUGCUCAUCCCAGGUCCCUUUCUCUGCUAUUGUAAGUGCCCAAGACUUGAACGAACUGGAGGAAAGCCUCCAUGAUAGAAAUGCUAAGGAGGCUGAAGCUGAAGAAAGUGAAACGGCUGAGGUUGGUGAGGGGAAUGAAGAAAAAGAUGAAGACUCAGAUGAUGAUGAUGUAGAGACUGAUGAAAAGGUGGAAGAAGAACAGGAGGAUGAGAAGGAGACAGCAGAGGAGGAAGAUGACAAUGCUGAUAAUGAGGAAGAAGAUAAUUCUGAGGAGAACGGGGAUGUUGAGAAGGAAGAAGGUGAGGCUUCAGAUGAGGAUGAUGCAGAAGAGGAAGAAUCUGAAGAAGAAUAUGCAGCAGAGAAGGAUGAAGAAGGUGAGGCUUCAGAUGAGGAUGAUGCAGAAGAGGAAGAAUCUGAAGAAGAAUAUGCAGCAGAGGAGGAUGAAGAGGAACAGGUGGAGGCAGAUGCAGAUGAGGAGGAGGAAGUCCCAGCUAAUAAUGAGGAAGACGACGAGAAGGAAGCAAGGCAAGAGGGUGAUGAUGAAGAAACUCAAGGAGUGGAUGUAGAUGAGGAUGACUCUGAAGAUGAAGAUGAUGAGUCUGAAGGUAAAGACACAAAGGACAACCAAGGUGACUCAGAUGAAGAGGAGGGAGUUACUGACACUCCACAGUUCCACUCUGGAUCGUUGUGUAGUGUUUGCUCCAUUUGUGAGCAUUGCUCUAAUAACUGUGCCAAGUGCCCGUGUGAGGAAGGAGAUGAGUCUGAUCACUGCGAGCACUGCCAAGGUUGUUCAACUUGCUACAUUUGUCCCAUUCUUUGUGACACAGUUUGCACACCGGGUGGUUUUGUUGAUGAGCUAACUGGAUCCCUCUUUCAGACUGUUGCCUCUCUGCUCUGAGCUCCCUGGGAAUUAUGUCCGUUUGCUUUAAUGUGAAACUGCUCACCAUACUUCACCACAUCCCACACAAGCUUUUUAUGAAUUUUGCAAACAAAAGCAAAGACAUAUUUAUAAUUUAAAUGAUACUUAAUUCUUUGUUGUAAGAAGAACAGAAAAAAGUCAGUGUGCACAAUUUUUCCUCACAUGAUUUCUUCUUUCACUCUUUCCCCCUUUUUUUGUCUUUUUAUUAUUUCUACCAAAGUCCCAAAAUUUGAUAAAGUAAUCUUUUUACUUAUGCCAAAGACAUUAUGCGAUUGUAAGGUUUUGGAGUUUUUUUUAACAGUAGGUUUAGGAAUUUAGGGAAUUAUUCUUUUUUAUUGUGAGAAAGGGCACAAUUUGACAUUUAGCUUCACAAUUACAUAUCAAAUUGAAAAACAAAAAUAACUGUUCUGGUUUCAGAAAUCCAGCUGGAUCUAGAGACACAGUUUGUGCAUGGAGUUAAUGGAACACACACACAGACAUAUAGGAGCUUGUCAUGAAUCAUGCAGACAAAAAAGAUAUAUAAUAUAUACAUUACCAGUCAAACAUUUGGACACACCUUCUCAUUUAAUGGUUUUCUUUAUAUUCAUGACUAUUUACAUUGUAGAUUGUCACUGAAGGCAUCUAAACUAUAAAUGAACACAUGGAAUCAUGAAGUAAACCAAGAAAUGUGAAAUAACUCAAAACAUGUUUUAUGUUUUAGGUUCUUCAAAACAGGCAUGAUUUGCUUUGAUCACUGCUUUGCAUAUUCCUGGCAUUCUCUCAAUGAGCUUCAUGAGGUCGUCACCUGAAAUGGUUUUCCAACAGUCUUGAAGGAGUUCCCAGAGAUGCUGAGCACUUGUUGGCCCUUUUGCCUUCACUCUAUGGGAGUGGGACCAAAGAGCUCAAAUUUGGACUCAUCAGACCAAAGCACAGAUUUCCAUGGCCAAAUGUCCAUUCCUUGUGUUUCUUGGCCCAAACAAAUCUCCCCUGCUUGUUGCUUUUCCUUA